AUGUCCAUCUUCUCGCGCUUGAAGAAGAGCCGCCAGCAGGCCAAAGAGCACAAUGCCAAGCUUGCUCAACAGGAGAAGGAGGAGGAGACAAAGACUCCCUACCGGCACGUUCCCAAACAUGCCGCCGCCGACGCCAUUGCCAGUGCGCCGCCCAGCUGGAGAGAAGACGAUCGCCAGAAGAUCCAGGAGCAGAACCGCCGGAGGAGUGCCAUGGCUGCUUCUUCCAGCCACAGCAUGAACAUGAACAUGCCCGGCAUGCCUCGUGUUGGCAGCGGCUUGUCCCACGUCUCAUACCCUACGAACAACGCCGCCACCCCCAUGGUGCGCCUGCCCCGAGCAUACAGCUACACGGGCGUCUCGCCUUAUACAUCAACCCACAGCCGAACCACGGCCAGCUCAAUGCCUGAUGUUGGGUCGCAGUUUGCGGCCUAUGCUGCGUCGACCAAGGGAAAGGAAGCUGUCAGAGGGUCUGGUUAUAAUACUUCCAGGACCAGCCCAACAUCCUCACAAGAAGAAUCAGAGAGCUCCAGCGGCUCUACGAGUUCUCAAGAUGACCUCGAGAUGAGGCUCAAUCGCCCUCCCGUUGUGCAGCCUCCCACCGGUGCCGAGAUGGCUCCUCGUCGACCGCGGGUAGGCAGCCGGCGCACAUCAGAUUCUGCAAUUGGCCGGAUCGCCAUGGCCAACUCGACCAAGGCGGCUGCCCGAGACUCUCGGCCUCCCCCGUCCAUGAGGAACUUUGGCUCCAUUGCACCCAUUGUCCACUCACCUGCUCCCGUCCUACGCAUCACAUCCCACCCGCAAGGUGACUUUCUGAACCCGCAGCAUCGGCAGAGAUCCGAAACGUCUUUCCCUGGCUCUCUCAACACCAGCCUCAACACCUCUGCAGCCACCCUCAUCUCUACAUCCGUCCUGCCUUCAAUUGACGGCAGCCCUUCCCCAGAGCAGCAGGAGCUGAAGGAGCUGAAGGUACAUGUAGUCAACUCUGGAAAGCUUUCCAAGGAGCAAAAGACAGUCAAGGUAGUUCAAGUCACAGGAGGGGGGCGAAUCCAAUCUGGGCCCAAGAAGUUGGUCACUGAGAAGCCGGCAGAGGAGUCUGCGGAAGAGCCUGCGGAAGGACCCCAACCCCAGUCUGUUUUCGACCUUGCCUCUACCCUUUCUCCCGUCUCUACUCUUGCGCCUACAUCUGCUCCCGUCUCUGCUCCCAAGGCUAAGCAACAGUCCAUUGUUAUCAACGUCUUCCCAGAGGCGGACUCGAUCCCCGAGCCUACACCUACCAAGAAGUCUAGCAGAUUUUCCAAGAGCGGGACCAAGAUUCCCAAGAAAUCUCGCUGGGCCAGGUCAAAAGCUCAACCCAUCACUGUAUAA